AUGCCACGCCGAAAAGCAACCGAUGGUCCUGCCCAGCCUAAGCCUCCUAGAUCCAGAAGGAAGAAGGUGGUUCCUGAGGAGCCCAAACCAGAUGCCUUCGAUCCUAUGACCAACUAUGGAAUGGAGGGAAUGGACCCAAACAUGUAUGGUCAUCAUCCAGAGUAUGGAUAUAGUGGCUAUGGACACCCACCGCCAUUUCCAGGGCCUGAAAGUUCAAAUAGUCAUUAUGGAGUCCCUCCAGGACCACCUGGGAAUCAAAUGUUAAGUCAUUUGUCAUUGGAAAAUAAUAAAAUCACGAAAUUUCGAAAUUUAAAUAUAAUGUUUUUCAGGAUGAGAGGCCAGGCAACGCUACCUCAACAAAUUGGAAACGGUGUCAGCCCACUGGAAUUCAGGAUACACGACAUGAAUAGGAGGCUUUACAUUUUUAGCACCACCGGAGUUGCAGAAAGUGAUCAGCAACAAUGGUGGGAUGCGUUUUCCCAUGAAUUUUUCGAUGAUGAAUGCAAAUUGUGGUUUGUGAUAGGAUCUGAAUCAACACCAUUCCAUGAGAGGGAACGAUACAUUGUCACCCGGCAGUAUAUUCCGAAAUUCUUCCGUUCAAUUUUCGACAGUGGGAUGAAAGAGUUGCAAUACGUGUUACGUGGAGCAUCUCGGGAGUGUACACUGGCUAACGGUCAUCCAGCCUAUGAGAAUGAGAGUGUCUUACAAAUCACAAAAUACGAUCAGACUAGUCAUGUAGAGAUUAACACUGAGGGAAAGUUAUACGUGGAGUUCACACCGUUUGAUGAGGUGAUGAAUUAUCGGAUAAAAGCGUGGACAUUGGAAUUGAGGAGGUCAGAUGAGUACAGCUACAAUCCAGUUACCAAGGAGUUCCGUCUAGAAACACCAACUGCUGAACAAGAAAACCAACCACGUAUGGGCUUCUUCAAACCAACACUCAACCUAAUGACAAUGCUCAAAGUGCUCGAACCAAUGCAGUCGUUCAUGAGCACUGCCAAAUCCUCACCGCAACUCUCACCCCGAGAAAUUAUGAAACGAGUGAUGUUUCAACAAGAAUGCAAUCGCUACCAACGUCAUCAACAGCUUCAGCAUAUGAGUAAGUGUUUUUAUUCUAAUUUCAAAAUUCAUAUUUAUAUUAUUUUAGGCCAACAACAACAGCAAAUCAUGCAAAUGCCGCCACCAGAGCCAGAAAAACCAAAGCCAACGAGAAAGCGGCAAAGAAAGCCUGCAGCAAAUCCACGUGGCAGUAAAAAAGCAACUGCUGCAGCACAAGCGGCCGCAGCACAAGCAGCUGCUGCUUCAAAUGGUGUGCCACCAGCAAUUCCAAAUGCAGCACCAGCAAACAAUCCACCGUUUUCACAGAAUCCCAUGAAUCCUCAGUUCUCACAAAUGAGUUAUCCGGAUGUCAUGGUGGUCGGUGAGCCAUCGAUGAUGGGAAGCGAUUUUGGAGAGGGCGACGAGCGGACCAUUUCCCGUGUGGAGAACACGCAAUACGAUCCGAACGCGAUGCAAAUGCAAUCUCUGGGUCAGGCGCCAACCUCUUCGAUGAAUGGACGUAAUAUGGCUAUGCCACCGCCAGCCAUGCCGCCACCACAGCACCAUCCAGGAAGGCCUCCACCGGGACCACCGCAACACAUGCCACCGCAUUCUAUGGGAUCCCAAAUGCCAACAUCAAUGCAUAACCCGAUGCACAUGCCACCCGGACCCAUGCCAAGUCAUGGAGGAAUGCAUUCAAUGCCAAGUUCGAUGGCAAAUCCGAUGCCUCCACCACAAAUGCCACCGCAAACCAUGUCGAAUCAGAUGCCGAGAAACCCAAUGCCUCCACCAAUGGCAAUGCCACCACCGCAACACGUGAUGCCUGGUCAGAUGCCUGGAUCUAUGCCGAACAUGAUGGGUGGUGGAAUUCCACCAAUGUCCAUGUCUAGUCAGAUGCCGAAUCCAAUGCAGAGUCAGAUGCCUGGAGGAAUGCCGAUGAGUCAAAUGCCACCACCAAGUUAUACGUACGGAGGCCCACCAUCACAAUGGCCGCCACCAGCCAACUCUGCUAUGAUUACCGGAUAA